AAUGAAAGCUGUACUGUUCCCGCUGCUGCUGCUGGCGCUGGCCGCUCGGUCCUCUGCUCGGCCUCUGGAGUCCGAGGACGUUGGCAACCGGCUUUUAGCUGAGAAAUACCUGCAGCGCUUCUAUGGCGCUCCGGCUGGCCUCCAAGGCAGAAGCACGCCGUCCGAUUCCUUUCAACACAAGAUCAAGCAAAUGCAGAGAUUCUUUAGACUGGAGGUCACUGGGAAUAUAGAUGACAAAACUUUAGAUGUGAUGAAGCAGGCCAGAUGUGGUGUUCCAGACAUCGGCGAGUACAACCACUUCCCUCGAAACCUCAAAUGGCCAAAUACCAACGUCACAUUCAGGAUACUGAAUUACACUCCAGACCUGAAGAAGCCAGAUGUAGACAAAGCCAUCCGCCGCGCUCUCAACCUUUGGUCUGCCGUUACUCCUCUGAUUUUUAAGAAGCUUUACAAAGGCAAUGCUGACAUCAUGAUCAGCUUUGGAUCAAGAGAGCACGGAGACUACAACCCCUUUGAUGGCCCUGAUGGUCUGCUGGCUCAUGCCUACCCUCCAGGCCAAGGCAUUGGAGGGGACACUCACUUUGAUGAGGAUGAGCACUGGACCAAAGAUUCAUCAGCUUACAACCUGUUUGUAGUGGCAGCUCAUGAGUUGGGUCACGCCCUGGGGAUGUCCCAUUCCUCAGACCCAGGUGCCCUGAUGUACCCCAUCUACACUUAUGCUACAGGCUACCUGCUGUCUGAAGAUGACAUUGAAGGAAUUCAAGAUCUCUAUGGUCCAAACCCAAACCCAAAGAAAGUGAAGCCAAGGCCUGAUGCCCCAAAAAGGUGCGACCCGACGUUGAGUUUUGAUGCUGCCACAGAGCUCAGAGGAGAAACCAUCAUCUUCAAAGACAGUUACUACUGGCGUAUUCAUCCUCAGAUGGUGGCGCCUCAACUGACACUGAUUAAGUCCACAUGGCCGUCCCUCCCCAAUAAAGUCGAUGCCUCUUACGAGAACCCAGAGAAGGAUUUGGUCAUCAUAUUUAGUGGAAUCAAAAUGUGGGCUUUGAAUGGAUACAACCUUGUGGACGGUUACCCUAAAUACAUUCACAAGCUUGGUCUUCCCAAGAGUGUUAGGAAAAUCGAUGCAGCCGUGAACAUCAAGGACACCGGGAAAACUCUGCUUUUCACCGAUGAAGAAUACUGGAGCUAUGAUGAAGCAGCAGGAACCAUGGACAGUGGUUAUCCACGAUCCAUUGAGGACGACUUUCCCGGAAUGGAGGAUGAGGUCGACGCUGCUGUUUAUCACUAUGGACAAUUGUAUUUCUUCCAUGACCACCUGCAGUACGAGUACAGUUACAGGUCAAAGAAGGUUAUUCGCAUCCUAAGAGCCAACUCCAUCCUCAACUGCUGAUGAGACAGACUUCAGGCCGCAGCCGCGGCUUAAAAUGAUAUAAAGUGAUUUAUAAUGAUUUGAGACACACAAUGCAAACUCUGCAUGUAAAUGCAUAUCAAAAUGAGACAGAGGAAGACACAGCCCAAUAUAUGAGCAGGGAAAUGGGUGCUUUAGAGGGAAAAUUUGUAUUUUAACUAUAGUGCUGGACACAGAAUGCUGGAAAAUUCUAUAGGAGUUUUUAACUUAUAUUUAUUUUACAAGAGUAUAUUUGUCUUAACGUUCAUGUCGGACAUCAGGAUGUUCUCGUUAAGCUUCUUCACUGCUCUGCGAACUCAGUAUUGACUAAACAGUCUUUGUGUUUC